AUGCCCACAGUUGAUUUACAUCAAGGGGCAUCCAUGGUGUCAUCCGCAAUCAAUUUAAUGAAGACUAUUAUUGGUGCAGGCCUCCUUUCAAUGCCAUAUACCUAUUCUACAGAUGGUAGCAUUAUAGGUACAGUGAUUAUAUUACUAGCAGCUCUUACAUCAGGAUAUGGUCUUUUUCUUCAAGGAUAUGUUUCAAAAUAUGCUCCUUUGGGUCAUGCAACAUUCUUUAACAUUUGCUCUAUCACAUAUCCCUCCUUGUCCGUGGUAUUCGACAUUGCAAUCGCAGUCCAGUGCUUUGGAUGUGCCAUUUCAUAUUUGGUAUUAAUUGGGGAUUUGAUGCCUACGAUUAUUACCAGUAUUUCUUUUGUCUCGGAUGAGCAUUAUAGAACGUUUUGGAUUCUUGUUUCGACAGUUAUCUGUGUUCCAUUGUCAUUCAUGAAGAAUUUGUCAUCUCUCCAGUAUACAUCUAUAUUGGGGUUGGUAGCAAUUUUCUACAUGGCAUUGUUGGUAAUUACUCAUUUUCUUAUCGAUGAUAUCCCGGAUAGCUCCAAAGGUGAAAUUAAAUUGUUUCCCCCAAAUAUCUUAGGAAUGUUCAGUACCUUCUCGAUUGCUGUGUUUGCUUUCACUGGUCAUCAAAACAUGUUUUCAAUAAUUAAUGAAGCCAAGGAUAAGUCGUUGAAGAGCAUCACGGAGCUAAUUAAUAUAGCUAUAAUUGUAUCAUCUGUGUUGUUUAUUGUAGUUGGAUUAGCUGGAUAUUCUACUUUUGGAGAUAAAGUUAAUGGAAAUGUCAUCUUACUGUAUCCUAACUCGUGGACUACUACAUUAGGACGCCUCUGCAUAGUGUUCAUGGUUGUUUUUUCAUUCCCAUUAAUGCUUCAUCCAGCAAGAAUUUCAGUAAAUAAUAUCUAUCAUACGGUCUAUUCCAAAAUCAUGGAAAAGGAAGAUCAUGGAGACACAGACGACGAGACAACUGCCUUGCUAGAUGAUGCCUCGCAGGAAAUUCACGAGUCAGGUUCUGUACUGGAAGACUUGUCAAUGAAGACUACUAUUGUUCCUUUUUCACGCAAUGUAUUCUUAGCGAUAACUACAAUCUUGUUGAUUACAGGGUACACGUUUGCUAUCACUAUUAAAUCAUUUGCAUUUGUCUUAGCCAUUAUUGGAGCCACAGGCUCUACGGCUAUCUCAUUCAUAUUACCGGGCUUAUUUGGUUAUAAAUUAAUUGGUUCUGAAGUCGAUUAUCCAUCAAAGACUGACCUUUUAUUAAAGUCAUGUUCACUUGCGUUAGUGAUUUGGGGAUUUGGGGUUAUGUUUUUAUGUUUAUACACAACUUUAUUCAUGGAUAGUUAUUAA